GCCCACAGCACCCGGCUAUUCCAGCCCUGGGCCUCAGGUUGACUUUAGCUUCCACGCAGCCCAGGGUUGCUGGGUGGGGCCAGGCGCGGCAGGGUUCAGUGUCUGGCUUGUAUUUAGCUUCCUAAUCUGCCGGGGCGUGAUUGAAGGGUGCACUGCAGCGUGACUCGAACUGCGGCUGGUUAUGGUCGGUCGCGUCACAUGACUGUGGGGGGAAGGAGCUGUGGGUCAUCGGGCAGCCGUUUCUCCAUCACACUCUUAAUAAUCAACUUUGCGGCUCGGAGCCGCAUCUGACACGUGCAGGGAGGGAGAGAGACACAGUCGCUCAACUCCCCUCCACCCCCCCCAAUCCAAGUUCCCCUUUUCAGGGCCUGAUAAAAUGUCCCCGUUGGCGCAGCGUCCUCAGUGGCGACCGGCCGGCUCGCAGUUGGCACCCGGAGGGCUCCCCGACGGCGGGCGGGGGCAUCGCUGAGACUGAAGCCCUGACAGCGCCACCCUCCCCUCAGCGCCCGGCGGUGAAACUGACCAGCCGAUGGAGGCGCCUUGGCCUUGUCGCAGCUCCAGCCCGCAGCCAUCCUGACACGCCAGAGGUGUAGCAGCGCCGCUGCGUGGGCUAGCAGGCCAUCACCACGGCAUCUAGGCUCCUUCCAUGUCACAUCGAUGGCAGUUCCCAAGGCCCUGGUUCCUGGCACUUUGCGGGCUCAACCCUCUGGCGUGGGGCAGGUUUUUAUGAAAUCUGUAUUGGAUCGGACCCACCCCAGGCUACUGGGCUGCUAGAUUUUCUGCAGAUGGCGGGUUACCUGUGUCUCGCCGCGCUCCUCCUGGCGGCUCUGCCGACCCGCUACGCCAGCCCACUCUCCUCCGGCUCCUCCCUGCGCUUCAUCGCCCUGGGGGACUGGGGCGGGGUGUCCAAUCCCCCCUUCCACACGGCGCGCGAGGUGGCCACAGCCAAGGAGAUGGGCCGCACGGUGGCAGCGCUGGGCGCGGACUUCAUCCUGUCUCUCGGGGACAACUUCUACUACAACGGGGUGCGGGACGUCAACGACAAGAGGUUCCAGGACACCUUUGAGGCCGUGUUCAAGGCGCAGCCGCUGCGCAAGGUGCCGUGGUACGUGGUGGCCGGGAACCACGACCACUCGGGGAACGUCUCGGCUCAGAUCGCCUACAGCAAGGUCUCCAAGCGUUGGAACUUCCCCAACUACUACUACAGGCUGAAGUUCAAGGUUCCCCAGAGCAACGCCACGGUGGCUCUGCUCAUGAUCGACACAGUCACCCUGUGCGGGAACUCGGACGACUUCCAGAGCCAGCAGCCCCAGCAGCCCCGGGACGUGGGGCUGGCCCGCAGCCAGCUGGCCUGGCUUCGCAAGCAGAUGGCUGCCUCCCAGGAUGACUACCUGCUGGUGGCCGGCCACUACCCGGUGUGGUCAGUGGCUGAACACGGCCCCACGCAUUGCCUGGUCAAGCACCUGCAGCCACUGCUGCUCAAAUACGAGGCCACUGCCUACCUGUGCGGCCACGAUCACAACCUGCAGUACCUGCAGGACAAGGCUGGCGUGGGCUACGUGCUGAGCGGGGCUGGCAACUUCAUGGAGAACUCGCAGAAGCACUAUCACAAGGUGCCCGAGGGCUACCUGCGCUUCUUCUACGCCGAGCCGGCGUCCCUGGGCGGCUUCGCCUACGUGGAGAUCGACGGCAAGGAGAUGAGCGUCACCUACAUUGAGGCCAGCGGGAAGUCCCUGUACAAGACCUCCCUGCCCCGGAGGAGCCAUCGCUGAGACCCCUCCGUGUGCACCGAUCUAGGAGGGCGCAGGAAGUGGGGGUUCAGAGCUCUCUCCUCUUUCGUUUAGGGCUGAGGGAACUGCUGCGGGGGGCACUGAAGCUGGCUGAUUUUUAAGGCUCCUGCUUCUGAUCCCUGGGGGAAUCCUCCCCUUGCCCUCUGUAGCCCCCAGGGUGCCCCCCUAGGCUUUGCAAACACCUCCUCCCCUGCACCCACUAGCUGGCUGGAGAAGCCCCCCCAGUUCUUUGUCUGAUCCCCUCUUCCCUCCUCAC